AUGGCAGGACUGGAUUCCGGACAUGGAAAUCCUCCAACUGACCGGAAUCCGGAGCGUCCAGGCCAUUCUGAGGCAACCGCAGAUGCGCUGGAGCGGCCACCUCGCGAGGAUGGUUGACGAGCAUGUACGCAAGCGACUCUCCUACAGCGACGUCGCUACAGGUGCCCUCCGACAUGGAGGGCAAAUAAAUCGGGACACAUAAGAUAACAUCGCCCUGGCUCGAUCAGACCGAAAAGAUGGACAAAAAAUGGAGUAGCAGUUUACAAAGCCCACAGAGUUGUCGUCAUCAACACCAAAAUAGAUGCUCACAGGUUGCAAAAACCGCAGACCCUAAACCCCAACACUCCCCCACCUCAAACUUGUCGGCGCUGACGCCAGGUAUUCCGCGCAUAAUGAUAGGGGGCGUUCACCGAUCGUUCUUAUAUAACUCACUUGUUCCGUUGUGCCUUACGGGCUCUCUCUCGAGCUCAACCAGCAGCCGCACAGCGACGCAUGAUGUAGACAGUAUAUUAGUGCCGGCAUGCUCCGCUGUGCAACUGCUGUUUGGGCUCGAGAGAGAGCCCGUAAGGUACAACGGAACGAGCGAGUUCCGUAAGAACGAUCGGUGAACAUCCCCUAUCAUUGUGUAUGCCUGAUCGAAAUCGACAGGGCAACGGGCUGGUGCCCCAAUGGUUAGAGGCGUGGACUUCUAACUAACAGGUCGCGAGUUCGAGCCUCGGGUGAUCCACACUUCGGGGUAGGGUAUGACUGGCUACAGGUCUCCCUUAUCUUUGUCGAUAAUAACAUAUUCCGCGCAUAGUUCGGCCUAGUCGGACAUCUCCGGACCCAAUGCAAUAAUAACACGGCAACUCCACCCACUACUUCCACAACUCCACCUCCCUGUCGGGACCAUCACAACGCCCGCAACGGCGAUCACCACUGCCGGCGGACAGAAUCCCGACGCCUCGACACCGUCGCCAUGGCCGUCCACCACCACCACCACCACCACCACCACCACCACAGGCAACAUUACUGUCCCAAUCCUCGCGACGACGUCGACUACGGCUAUCAUCCCAGCCACUCCCACCAUUGGUGACAGCACCCCAAACACUCUACCAACCACCAACAAUGCGAUCUCCCUCCGAGCCAGUCACCAUUGCAAUCGCACCUUCGCGUCCGACGGGGCCUCGUAGCUCGGGUGGUUAGAGCGUUGGCUGCGCUAAAGCCUUCCCCUUAUUGCGUUGGUUCGAAUCCCAUCGAGGCGCCGAGUUUUUCACAGUUGGGUCAAUAUGAAAUGUACUAUUACUUUGGAGUAAAUCAGUUUGAACUAAGGUCUAUAGGCGUAGGCCGAAGUUUUUAUGUAUGAAUAUUUGGGCCGAAGUCUAUCAGCCACAGCGGGCUAACCGUGUAAUACUCGUUAACUGUCUACAGGCAGCUAGUAGUAUAUAUCGGGUUGCAGGAUACCAUAUUAGUCGCGCGGGUGCCAGCUGAAAGCCCAGACACGUGUGUUUCGCCGAUAUCCUGCUGUAGUUCGUGGAAAUCGGUCCAUGCAUUCAUUCAUAAAAUGUUGGGCUAAGUCCAUGCACCUUAGUUUAAACUGAUUUAUUUCAGGUUAGCAAUUAAUUUCUGAGAAAAUUAAAAAGCCACAAUUUCUAAAACUGGAGUAUCUACCAGAAAGCACGCAGGGAGUCCUGGAGAACCUACCGAUGAGCCGAACCCCUCGCAGCUGUGCCAUGCAGCGGCAGAAUAUCGGCGAAACAGGCGUGCCUGGGCUUUCAAGUAGUACCUCUGCUGCUGGUAAGGUAUCCUGCGACCCAAGUAGCUAUUUAUUUGCUUUCAUCAAAUGCCCUUCGCUGAGGGUUAAUUCCCAACAGACACCCAUUUUGAAGGUCAAUCUGACGAAAGAGUUGACUUAGGCGUUUCAAAUGGGCUGUUUGUCUGGGUUUGCGGUUAUUCAGAGAUAUUAGGUAAGCGGAUUUGCAUAAUUCAUGUGGUUUUCAUUUAGAUUUUUGAACAGGGACUGCUUCCAGGUAAUAAAAAAUGUCAAAACAUGUAAUGAUUGACAAGUAGACAGACCUUUCAUAUUUAUUUUAUAAAGUUUGGUUGGUGCGUAAACACUAAGGUCUUCGCCACAACGGAGAUGGGGAAAUUUUGUGCUAAAAAGAAGCCUUUACGACAAGCAUGGGUUUUCGUUAUAACUUAAAAAGGACUCCCGAAAUUUAUUGUUUAGUUAUGAAAACUUGUGAUGAAUAUGCUCUCUCUCUCUCAGGGAGUUUGCAACCGAAGAUAAGAAAUUUUUAAUAAAAUUUGAAGAUGAAGAGUUCGAAAAGCUAGUUGAUCACACACACACCAUGCCAAACGCUUGAAGAAAAGGCAGAGGUACCGGGAAGUUGGUAGGUCUACUGUUGCAACUGUUUUCCUGCAGUGGUAAGGGCUCAAAAACAAGAAAACUUAGGUGUCGCAUGAACUGACUGAAAUCCACGUUUACGAUAUUGCUUUCAAGGCAUUUAUUUGUGCGUCGAAUCAUGACCCUAGGCAGAUCUGUUACGAUAAUAUAAAACAUGCAGAACCCUGGGCGACGCCUGGUCAAUCUUCAACCUCAAGGCCAAAACAGAAUAUUCAUGGAAGUAAAGUUAUGCCGUGUAUUUGGUGGAAUGUGAGUUGUCAAAGCCACCUGAAACUGUUACUGUUGUGCGAUUUUAACAGUGAUUAAUUGUAGCUUUUAAUUUUCACAGAAAUUAAUGCCUCACUUGGAUUAAAUCAGUCAAUUUGGAACUAACCGACUCAGACAUAAUUUUGAUAUGAAUAUUUGGGCCGAAGUUCAUCAGCCACUGCAGAAUAACCGCGUUAUAUUCAUAAACUACCAACAGGCAGCCAGCGGUACGUACUGAGAUAGCGCGAUACACCACACUUGACAGCAUAGGCACUACCUGAAAGUCAAGAAACGCUUGUUUCGCCGAUAGUUGGCCGCUUCACGGCGCAGCUGCAAGGGGUUCGGCUCAUCACUGGGUCCCCGCUUUCUGGUAGAUACUCCGGUCCCCAGAGAUUGCAGCUCUUUAAUUUCCUUAGAUGAGCUGAACUUCUCGCAGUUGAGCUCUACAACGGCAGAAUGCCGGCGAUGUACGUGUCUGGGCUUUUACCUAGUACCAGUGAUGUCAACUAUGGUAUACUGUGCUACCUCACGAGAAUCAACCUUUGCAAGUGUAGCUCUGAUGACAAAAAGGUCAGAACAUGAUGACAGACAUGGUGAUUUUGCAUCAGACCAAUGAGACAAGGAAACCUUGGACGUCCGGGGUUUGGAAGUUCUACUCCAAGCACGGUAUUCACCAGAUUAUCAUUUGUUGCAUCGGCCCCGCCGAUGGAACAUGGCCUUGUUGGUCUGUGCUGCAGUUCCUUAGAAGAAGGCAAAAAUUCGUUUGAUUAGUGGACUGAUUCAAGGGGUCCGUUGUUUCCCUACCGCGGAAUUUAUGCGUAACCCAAAAAUGAGGAAUAAUCAUAGCUGCCAGUGAACAGUACUUUGGAUAAAAUAAGAACGAACAGCUGCUUCUAAAUACACACUGAUUUCUCUUAUAAAAACGAUACAGUUAUUUCCUAUUCUCAACACUUUUUAUGUGAAACACACUGAGUGUUGUGUGCCCCUCGAUUUUCAAAUAGAAAAGGUUGUGAAUAUUUUCGAGAAAAUGUUUUCUGAUUAUUUUCCUGUGGCUGAGAUGUGGGUUAGUUCCACUAUUGCAAGCAACGAAGUCCACCACUGCAUCACAAUGUGGGCGCUCUCUCUUCCUCCACCAAGCGUGUUCAGAUUUCAGGACGACGACAACAACGACGAGAUCCGCCAUCUGCUAGCCGCGCACAAAGCCUGCAUCGACUGCCGGACCGACGCAAACAGGACGGUCUUCUUCUGACGGCGCUGCUUGGUGAGACAGCGUUUGUGGAAGAUGUCAGACGUCCGGAUAAAUCGUAAGCUCGGGAAAAUACAUGGAUACGCGAACCCCAAUGAGACGUAGACUUUCAUCACCUCUACCAAGACAGUCUACGGUUGCCGCACCAGACGAACCGCACUGCUUCUCAGCUGGACAGAACAACGCUCCUCACGAAAGAAGCUCAGAUUUCGAAGCGCUGGGCCGGAUACUUCAGAACAAUCCUCGGCCGCCCAUCCCAGAUCCUUGGUGCCACCAAUAACAGACUCCCUCAGGUAGAAAGAAACAUUUAACUGGACCUCCCGCCUUCCCUCUCAGAAGCCGUGCAACAGUUCUCUGGCGGGUAAGCGUCAGGAUCCGACAAAAUCGCGGUCGAACUCCACAAGCACGGCGGUUUUUGACCGAUGGUCAGUCUAACAUAGCCGUUUCAGAAGAUGCGACGGCAAGGAAAGAUCUCUCAGGACUUUAAUGACGUCAGUGUCCUCCAAGUGCAAGAGCAGCCUUCAGCUCUGUGAUACUCACAUAGAAAUCUUGCUGUUACUCGAUGCCAAGAGGCUGUUUGCACGCAUCCUUCUCUAUUGUCCGCCCUUCAUCUGGAACGCGGAAUUCUCUCGGAAAACCAGUAUGGCUUCUGACACACCAGAGAACCGCCAACAUAAGCUUCGUUGCUCGUUAACUGAAAGAAAAAUGUCAGGAAGUGCGGGCAAGUCUUUACACUAUCUUUGUAGACCCGACGAGGGUCUUCGGUACAGUGUAUAUAUAUAGGCUCUGGAGAACGUCCGGAGCGCUACGCGCCUGCGGUACGCCCACUACACGACGCGGCACGAUAACGCGCAUCACGGACAGUGGGACCAUCUUGGAAACAUUUGUAAUAACGAACGAAGUAAAGCAGGGCUAUUUGCCCGUCUACACCCUCUUCAGCCUCAUCUUCUCCGCUACGUUGAUGAAUCCCCAUUGUGAAGAACGGUAAGGAAGCAACAUUGUCUACCGGCUGGAGGGGGGACUGCUCAACGCCAUGGCCCAUUCAAACACACUCACAGCAAGCCCAAAGCAGCGCUUAAUGCAGCAACGGAGGCGGUCAUACGAAGGAGCAGAGAUCUCUUCACCAACUUCGGAUUAAUCAUCAACCCGGAGAAUGCUGUGGUCACGCAUCAAUCGGCGCCGGACAGUGAUUACAGAACAUCCGACACUAGCAUCAGUAGAACUUAACUAUGGACAAAUUCGCAUGCCUAGGCAAUGCAAUUUCACGAAAUGUCAGGAUAGACGAAAGAGUAGCCCAGUGAAUCUCAAACACCAGCCAGGCUUUUGACCGGCUACCUAUCUCCAUCUAGAAUCGUCGGGGAUUUUGACAGAACAACAAUCUCAUGAUGUAGAGGACGUUUGUGCCGAUGAAGUUACUCAAAGUGGCGGGUACCUGGGCCGUCUGCGUGAAUCCCCUCCACUUCAGCCGCCUCCACAGAAUGCUACUGUUGAGAUGGCAGAACUGGAUUCCGGACAUGGAAAUGCCCGAACUGACCGGAAUCCGCAGCGUCCAGGCCAUGUUGAGGCAACCGCAGCUACGCUGGAGCAGCCACCUCGCGAGGAUGGUUGA